CCAGCCCAGUUCACGUCACUUGGGCGCUGGAACUCCAGUAAGUAGUGAUGUUGUGGUUAUCCAUGCCGCCGAUGCAUCUCUGAGCGUUAUCUGGUACGGAAGAGCGCCUGGGAGAGCUCACCACGCAUGGAGUUGAGUUCGGAGCGUGUGGUGGCAACACUGGAGAUGUCGCAGGUCACGAGCAAAGACGAGGAGCCGUUUAACAGCGACGGAGACUACGAGAGCUUGCCACCUCAUGUCUCAGUGACGACCCACAUGACAGCAGGCGCCGUGGCUGGCAUACUGGAGCACACGGUGAUGUACCCCGUGGACUCUGUCAAGACAAGGAUGCAGAGCCUGCAGCCAGAUCCGAAUGCACAGUACAGGAGUGUGUAUGAGGCUCUGAAGAGGAUCGUCCGGACAGAGGGGAUCUUCAGACCGCUGAGGGGCCUCAACAUCACCAUGAUGGGAGCAGGGCCCGCCCACGCGCUCUACUUUGCCUGCUAUGAACGGGUGAAACGCUCACUCAGUGAUGUCUUUCAGAGUGGAGGCAACAGCCAUUUAGCCAAUGGUGUGGCAGGUAGCGUGGCCACUGUUCUCCACGAUGCCAUCAUGAAUCCAGCUGAAGUGGUAAAGCAGAGGAUGCAAAUGUACAACUCUCCAUAUCGAGGACUUUGGGACUGUGUUCGAACAAUAACGUACACUGAAGGUAUCGGAGCCUUCUACCGCAGCUACAGCACACAACUGACCAUGAACAUCCCUUUCCAGGCCGUUCACUUCAUCACCUACGAACUGAUGCAGGAGCAGCUGAACCCUCACAGACAUUACCACCCGGGCAGCCACAUAGUGUCAGGAGCAGCGGCGGGAGCCGUUUCUGCUGCAAUAACUACUCCACUCGAUGUUUGUAAAACGCUGCUCAACACGCAGGAGAAUGUAGCGCUCAACUCCAUGAACAUCAGCGGGCACUUGUCAGGAAUGGCCAACACCUUCAGGACAGUGUACCGGCUCGGUGGUCUGCCAGCCUUCUUCAAAGGGGUCCAGGCUCGGGUUAUUUACCAGAUGCCCUCCACUGCCAUCGCCUGGUCGGUGUACGAGUUCUUCAAGUACUUCCUGACGAAGCAGCAGCUGGAACAAGAGGCAGGACCUCGCCCGCUGUAAUGGAAACUGUCGGAGCAACACGUGCGUAGAUAGACGGAAGAAAUCUCCAACCUAAAGGUGUGAGAGCUCGGUGUGUUUUUUUUUUUUUUUUCCGUGUGCUGUUAAGGAAAUAACACCAGUUAAUGUCUCACAAGGAAGUCACCGUUGCAGAGGUGUGGCAGUGAAUACCACUCCUGGUUGUUCAUUUAUCAACGUGUGCUUUUGACUUGGAUUGAUGUUGCACAACCAUGAUAUGUAACAGAGAUGACUAUGCUUAAACGGACAGAUCCUUGAAGAAGAAUGUUAUAUUUUUCUUCCUCCACUCCACAAACACAUGAACCACAAGUUCUUCAGAUUCCCUUGUGUCUCGAUGUGCUGACCACAUAUAAUGUUGUCUCAAACAUUGUUUAGAUUUCUUGAUAUUGGAACUUUUUAUUUAUUUUGUUAGCUUUGCGAAGCUUGUAUUUUAUGGAUGCGGAAGAAACACAGUGCUGUUUGUUUUAUUUCAUUGUGUGUUUAUAAUGAACCAUUACACCACAUUCUUUAUUUCCACUGAUGGGACAGUUGCACUUUCCAAGUGCCUCGUCAAUAUUAACACUGCUUCUCCUUUUUUGGCUCUUUUGUUCUUUGCAUAGCAAGUUUUUGCUUUAGCUUUUUUUAACCAUAUCAUUUUUUGUUUGGUCCAAGUGAUAUUUAAGGAAAACACUCCGUUCUGUUGUAAGAUGACAUCUUAGACAGGCUCUUCAUUUUAUAGUCAGUCACAUCAUAGUGUUUUCUUUUGUUCCAUUAUUUUCUCUGCACUAAAUGGUCAAAUGUCACUCUCAAUUCUCUUGUUUUUUAAGUAUAUUUUUUUAUUUUUUAAUAUAAGAUGUGAUGUAAAAUGAGUGUAUAUCCCUUUAAGACAGGUCUGUUGGCACGCUUCUCCUUUUAGAGCUGGAUGCAACGUGAGCAUGUUCUAUGUGAAAUCGUCGACGUGUCUUUGACGUCAUGUGAGCAUGCUUAUGUCACAUUCUCCUUUGAAGGAUGAAGAAUAGAAACGCUGCACCUUGCCUUCAAGAGGUCUACAUGUAAAUGUUAAACCAUAUCUCAACAGAUUAAGGACUAAAAACACCGUUUAUCCUCCUGAGAGACUCUGUGUCUCAGUCUCAAGAUGUGUAGGGCGUAAUGGUCCAGUUAUUUGCCUUGCUGAAGUACAGUGCUCCUGAAUCACGCACAAUGCUAAACUAAUUUAAAGAGCUGUUGUAGAAGGAAGGCAGCGUGUUUGUAGGUAUGCAAAACAUGCAUAUCUAUUUUGACAGUGACUAUUUCUGAGAAACCUCUUUAAGCAUCUCCAAGUGUGGAUCAGAUUAAGGUUGUGACUUAGGAUGGUGGCGACGUCUCAUCCCUCCGGUGCAUUUGUACCGGUGUGAUGUUUAGCUUUGGAGUGGCCUGUUGUGUUUAUGUGUAUCAUACUGACCUUGUAAAUGAAGGUUGUAAAUUGUAUAUAAAAUACAUAAUAUAUGUUUGGCUAAAACUUAACAUGCAAGCUCUGUGAUCCAAAACAUCAUAACUAUAGUUUUAUCUUGAAACUGAGCAAUGAUUGUGGGUAUAUUUUGUUACCAUGAGGCUAGUAAAAACUUGAUGAACUCGACUGGUAAGCGGGCGAUGCUGUUUUUUUUCCUUUCUUUUUAUUUUUUCCACUCAUCCUGUUGUAGUUACACAUUUCCUGUGUGCUCUCUGCUCUCUCCAGCCUAUUGUCUAUUUUGGAUUCAGUAGUCAUUCUUCCAGAUAUUGAUGUAAUCCUGAAAGCAGCCAGAUUUAUUUGUUUUUAAUUAUGGAAAGUUUUUUUUCCUUUCUCUGGAAAGGUUUGUCAGAUUCCAUUGGUCUCAGAAACCCUUUUAGCAGCAGACUCCUCACGCUUGUACAGUUGGGUAAAUAUUAAUAAACCAAAGACAUGCGUUAUAUUCUAUGCAUCUUACUUUUCAUCUGUAUGAUGCUACUCUACGUGCCUCCCUGCUGUGAACUGUCAUUCCAUCUUUUUUCCCAUAGUUUCCACUCGGAGUGGUGUUAAAUUACCGAAUCACUUGAAUGCUUACGAAUCUCUUGCGUAGCUCUGAAGGUAGAGAUUUUCUGCAUGGGUUUGGAGCUCAGUGGUGUCUUAAACAAAUUCAGUGGAAAAUGGAAAUUGUAUGUUACUUUGAAUGUCUUGGUAAGUUUUCAGUAUGUUUGGAAAAUCACAUUGUGACCUAGUUUUUAUUGACUGAUUUGGCUGAAUUACUUUACACUAUAUAAAGUAUUUAUGUUAAAUAUAGUUUCUCAUGCGUUAUGGAUUUCUCUUGAAUGGAUAACUUGAAUAUAAAGGGGUUUAAUUAGCAUUGAUUCAUACAGAUAUUUUUAUUCUAAGCUAAUAAAUUUACAAAUGACAUUUGUAAAUUUUGUUGUUUUUUUAAGUUGGCUGCACUGAUUACUCUAAUUUUGAUUUAAUCAUCCAUCCAUCCAUUCUCUAUACCCCGCUUUAUCCUCACUAGGGUCGUGGGGGGUGCUGCAGCCUAUCCCAGCUGACUUGGGUGAAUUCAUGAACAAAAUUAAGAUAAAGCCAGUCAGAAAAAAUGUUUAAUUUAUUGCCUUUCCUCUUCAUUCCGUAUGAGGCAUUGAUUUUUAACAGUGAGUCUUCACCGUAAUGUUUUAAUCAAAAAAGUAGAGUUUCAAAUAGAUGCUUCCACUUUAAAAUAGACAGGAGACUUGAUAUUAUGUGUCAGGAUUUCCAUAAUGUAAAUACUUAUAUGCUACUUACGCACAAGUGAUUGAACUGGGAGGCGGGUGAUUUUUGGUGAGUGCCAUUUCCAGAACAGGAAAGCUUGGAAGUUUGGCUGUGCAAAUGUUAAAUGAUUGUGAUAAUGCUGCUACAGUUUGUAACACUGGAGCUGAAAUAAACGUGCAAGUGAGGAA